AUGCAAGAGUUAACACUGGCUUCCGGCUCUUUAGGCAACCGAUCUUCGGGCGAGGAGCUCCGCGGCGACGAUGUUACAAAGGAGGAUGAGACGGUCGUGGACUCGGAGCAGGGCAGCAUGCUCAUGCACAUUAUAUCACAGCUACGGCCGGGCGCAGACCUAAGCCGGGUGACGCUACCUACCUUCAUUCUCGAACCGCGCUCGAUGUUGGAGAGGAUCACAAACUUCAUGGCCCACCCGGAGACCCUGCUGCCUAUGACGAAGAUAGAGGACCCUGUUGAGCGGUUUGUUGCCGUAGUGAAGUUCUAUCUUAGUGGUUGGCACAUCAAACCACCAGGGGUCAAGAAACCGCUAAAUCCCAUAUUGGGAGAAACCUUCACCUGCUACUGGGACUACGAGGACGGUACCAGGGGUUACUAUAUCGCCGAGCAGACGUCACACCACCCUCCGAAAUCGAGCUAUUUCUUCAUGGCGCCAGAGCAUCACCUCCGGAUAGAUGGCACGCUGAAGCCGAGGAGCAAGUUCUUGGGGAACUCGGCGGCCAGUAUGAUGGAAGGCAUAGCCGUGAUGCGGUUUCUUAACACAAACGAGCGCUUCUUUAUUACCCAGCCGAACAUGUACGCGCGAGGCAUACUGUUUGGUAAGAUGAAAUAUGAGCUCGGCGACCACAGCUUCGUCCGGUGUCCAGAGUCUGGUUUGGCGGCGGAUCUGGAGUUCAAGACGAAAGGAUGGGUCAGCGGCGGAUAUAACGCAAUCGGCGGCUUCAUCAAGGAUACCAAGACAGAUACGAAUCUGUUUGAGCUUUCCGGCCAUUGGAACGCCGCGAUGUACAUCAAGAAUCUCACGACUGGUAAAAAAGAACUGUUAUUCGAUGCUACGCAUGCGAAACACACGCCUCCCAAAACCCGACCGCUCGAAGAGCAGGGUGAACGAGAAUCGCAACGACUAUGGCAUGAAGUAACAGAGGCCGUUAAACGAAAGGACCAGGAAGUAGCAACCGAGGCGAAGGCACGAAUCGAGGACCGGCAACGGGAGGAAGCCGCGAAGCGAGCCCAGGACGACGUGGACUGGCAUCCCAGCCUGUUCAGGCCAGUGCAUGGUGGUCAUGGCGGGACCGAGGAAGGCGAGGAGGAUCUUGACUGGAUCAUCAACGCUAAGAUUGAUGGCAAAACUCCCCAAGAGCAGAUCAAGCAGAUCCUGCACAUCGCGGCUAUACUGCCGGGGCAGGCGCCUCCUCGCCAUCAAUUCAAUAUUCCUUCGCGAAGAAGCAGCAUCGCGCGCUCUCGUGCCAGUCUCGAGAGCAUAAGGGACACACAUCAUGUAGGUCCAGACCCGCAGCAACAACCCUCACAGCACACCCCAGCGCACAACACAGCGGCAGCAGCACCAGUCACAAUAGAGGGCUCGACCCAUCCCGCCGCUCACCCAUCAUCUUCGGACACCGCCACACCUGAACCACACAACCUCAGCUUACGGCAUGAAGAGCUCCUGAAAGCGAUUCCGCCUUCCAAACUUCUGCACAAAAACAAGCACGACGAACCGGUACAGGGAGGAGACGCGCUGAAACGAGUAGACUCGGAGACGAGGAGUGAGGAUGAGUUUCAUGAUGCGGAGUCGUAA